CUGGAUCAUUUGUAGCUAACGUAGCUACCUAUCUGAUGUUAAAGAAAAAAGGUCAGUAAAAUCAUUAGUAGAAAUAUAAUUUUUUUGGUUUAUUAUUCAGUUACUUAUAUUUAAUUUCGCAUGAUUGCAUUAGUUCAACUGAUCUAAGACUAGUUUUAAAAAUUAAAAAUAAAAAAAACCUGGUUGUCCGGCUAGCCUUGCUAGCUGACUAGCUACAUUUUUCGAGAACACCCGGUUUGGAUUUGGACGUCGGCAUUGGCCAUUGCUGGAUGUUUUUGAGACAAGCAAAGGGGCUGUUUGUAGUCGGCGGAGAAGAUGGGGGACUUUUAUGACCCAGAACACCCGACUGAGUGUGUCAUCACCUUGGGGAGCACACUGCUCUGAGCUGGUUUGUUCCAGGCCAGCAGCACCACCCGGCUGCUUACAACAGCCCUUCCCCUAAAUGGAUGCGCUUGUGGAGACAGAGAUCAGAGAAGAGGGAGCUGAUGCGGUGGCUAAGAAUGACAGCCUUUCCAAGUCCACCCUACUGAAAGGCCUCUCACCCAAAAAUGUUGGGUCUAGCCGCCUCCUGCCAAGAGGCACCAGGUCUAAGGUGAAUCUAGAAGAGCAAGGCAGGCAGAAGGUUUCUUUCAGUUUCAGCCAGAUAAAGAAACCUUUACAAAACUUGUUUCUGGCCCCCCCCAGCCCUGAAAAAUCACUAGGUGAUCUCCAGCUCCCUGCCACUCAUCCUGCCGCGUCACCCCCCCAAGAUAGAGUAGGGUUGCAAGCUAUCUGUAAGAAUGAACAAACCGAGCCGCUGCCUCCUCCUAUUGUCAUAGAACCCCUGGCACCCCCGCCUACAGUCCCCUCUCCCCCAAAAGCCAAGCUUGAUCCUGGGAUAAUGCACUUCAAGAAGCAGAUCCUCAGUGUCUCUGCCAGUCUGGAGCAGGUGACUCAGAAGGAGCCCUUAGGUUGUGACUUAAUAAAGGAGCCUCCUUCCUCAGAGCAGGAGGCUGUGUUCAAGCCUGCAGCCAAACCUGAAGCAGAGAACCCACCACCCCAAGCUCACUACAACACUGUUAUUGACCAUGCCCCUGAGGAACCAUCCAUGGGGGAAAUGGCUAUGGAGAAUCUAGAACCCUGUAAAGGCCCUGUUGAUACUUCCCAUAUUGGGAAAGAGGACAAGGACCGAAGUGGAGCAACAGAGUAUGCAGAAAAUGUAGAGCACAGGAAGAUCCAGUCCCAGUCAGACAGCACACUUCCUGGCUCAGAGUCCGACGCUGACUCUGUGCGGACGUCUUCCAGCCAGAAGUCGGGUGACCUCAAGAGCACAGCGAAGGUUGAUGUUUCAGGCAAGGAGGUUAAGAGCAACUCCUCUGGUUCGAGAGGGGAGGAUAUAGAAAAGACUUUGUCUAAUGCAAGGACAGAAAAGGAUGAAAAGUUAGCUGGCCAUUCAAAGUCUGAUCGUGAGUCAAGACAAGCAUCCUCACGGUCCUCCCGUUCAGACAAAGAUAGAAGAAAAACAAAGAGCCGCUCAAGGUCCCGUUCCCGUUCUAGAGGCACUAGAACAAGUUCCUCCUACUCCAGAGCUGAGAGGUCCUCAAGGAGCGAGAAACUAUCAAGAUCAGACCGGUCCCACUACCGGGACUCUGAGCGUAGGUCACACAGGAAUUCUCCACAUCGUGAACAGAGAUCAUCUCGCUCUCGAACUGAACAUCGAUCUCGUGAUAGCUCAGACUCUGAGGAUGACCACCGUAGGACUCGUAACAGAGUCAGUGACUCCAACCGGUCGUCUACCCGUUCUAGUUCUUACAGAGACUCUAAAUCAUCAUCUUCUUGCACAAAAUCUGACAAGGACUCCAAAUCUUUGGAGUCCUCUCGUUCCUCUGAGUCUGAGAAAAGGACACAGUCACACUCAAGGUCUGAGAGAUAUUCUAGGCGGACCAUGGACUCUGAGCAAGCUAAAAAGAGCUCUCCAGAAGCAGAACCAGAUUACAAGAAGUCCAGCAUGACCUCCUCCAAACAUGAGAGUUGCCACAAAUCUUCUUCCAAACCUAAUACCAGUCCCCAGAGUUCAGAAAAAAUGGCUCAGAAAAGCACCUCCUGUAGUUCUGACUCUGAGGAGGAGGGGAAGUGUCACUUGAAGGACAUGGCUCAGUUUUCCUCUUCCUCUUUGUCAGAAGUGCAAGGAGCCACAACAUCUGAAAAAACAGACCUCUCAAGUUCACUGCAAAUGUCACCUAAGCCCUUGUUUAAGCUCAAAGGAGUUGACAGACAAUCACAGGACAUGUUGACCAGUCCAGAAAAAAAGUUGAAUUCUGACAGCCAUCACAAAAAUGAGGAAACCGUGGAUUCUCAGCAAGCUGAUUGUUGCCCAUUUGAAGAAAGAGACCAUAAAGAAGGUGGCCAAGCUGAUACUAUAUCCAGCAUUUUAGGAAUUCAACCCCUUACUGUGCCUCAGCUUUGCUCUUCCGAUGGCUUGGUGCCUCAGGGCACUGAACAAACGGACUCUUGCAACACGCUUGCUUGCUGUAGGGCCAAGCAGGCAUCCACCUAUAGUCUGCGCUCCAAGUCCAAAUCUCAAAAUCUGGAAUCUUUACCCCCGCAAGCACACACCUUGCCCGAUUCAAGUCCAACACCAGUGUGCCAGCCUAGUCCAAGCCAAGGUAGUGAUCUCCUUGAUGAAUGCAUCAAUUUGCCUGAUAAACACUCUGAGACAGUCAGGGACCUGCAAAAGACAGGAGAGGGUUACCCAUUGAGCAAAACUCUCUCCAAUGAUGGAGAGACACAAGUCACCCAUUGUCAGCCUAAUAUUAUGUCCAGUUUAUUAGGGUUCAAUCAUCAAAUUCAUCCUAAUGACCACAGUUUUUGUGGCCCUUUAAAUGACAAUGUUACAUGUGUGGCUACAUCAGAAGGCUCAGAUGGAACAGAACUUCAGUUAGUCCACAGUAGAGCAGAAACCAAAUCAAUGAGCUGUAAGAUGAGUGAUGGCCUUGAAGUUGCAAAUUGUUUCUCUGCAAACAAGCAGUUGGUCCCCAUAUUGAGUAACAUCUUGCAUGAUGGUACCUUCAUGAAAACAAGUGUCCCAGAGAUUUCAGAAGGUGCUCAUCAUGCUCAGCCUGAAAUCGCUAAAGACUCCACAGAGAACAAGAGAAACGUGGAAAAGGCCUCCUCUAAUUGCUCUGGUAAAGAUUCUCUGUUCUGCACUGACAAAAUUGUGAUAUUAGAACAGAAUCUCCCUCAAGUAGGACAGAGUCUAACAGAAUCAAAGCCAGCGGCAGUGGUUUCUGUUGAAGAACUCCCCGGUGGCGAUCUCUUGCAGAAGAACACUAAAACUGUAGAACUUUUGCUUGCUAGUCAGUGUGAAACUAGCCUAGAGGUCGCAGAGCAGUUGAACAAACCUGAACAUCAGAAGUCUGAGCUAUUAAAAAACAAAAAAAUGAAUGUGAAAAAAUCACGCUGGGACAUAGUUGGUGAGGACAACUCUGACCAUGAGAACUCUCCGAAAAUACCUUUCAAUGAGACUAAGUCUCCUGUGAAAAAAAUCAUUUCUGUUAAGAGUAUAGACUUAUCAAAAGAAUCUGGUUUGGAGGACACAAUCUUAAAGAAAGAAUCCAGUUUUAGGCAUGAGGAGAGUUCCCUGUCAGCACAAAUUCAUUUAAACAUGGUGCCAAAAUUGUCUAAAAGGCUUGUUGUCGUUGUAAAAAAGGAAGACCUGGGAAUGCAAGUGGAUGGCUCUCUGAGUUUUCAGGAGAAAAUCAAACUGCAAGAGCAGGUGGGUCCAUCAAAAACAUUACCUCAGCCUCAGUUAUGUGACACUAGCCUUGAGGCAGAGGAUGUUAAACCCUGUGUUGGUCAGAACCUUAAUGCCCCUCCAAAAUCUAGCCACUCCUCAUUUGUAGACAAUAAGAAUCAAGAGAGGAUGAGGGAAGACUGUGGCCAGCAACAGCAGGAUGGCCUUUUGAGGAACAAGUUUGGUAGGAGUAGCAACGUGUCCUUUGAGCGGGAUGUGGAAGGCAACAGUGAAGAGAGUGACACAGAAGACUCAGAGUCUGACUCUGAUGACUGCAGCAUUCCCAAGAACCGUUUGCACUCUAUUGUUGUUGUGCCAAAGAAUUCCUCCCUUACUCUGGAGAGCAGAGCUGGGCCUACUUCAUCCCCUGUCCACAGUGACAGCCCUGGGCAAGCACCCGUGGAGUGGCAGGAUCGCAGCUGGAUGGAACCCAGCAGCCAAGGGUCUGACCGGGACGAAGGCGUCAGCAGAGGGGUCUCUGGGAAAGCAUGUUCCACUCUGCUAUCUGUGGGCAGUCAGCAUAGCCUUGAGGCUUCUGCAAAUGUAAAACCUCCCAUCUUUGCCUCCCAAAGUGUGGCUUAUUUGUCCCAAAGCAAUAUGGUUGACAGCACCAGCCAAGUGGAGGCUGCCCGCAGUGCUCAGCAGCGCAUGGAACAAAUCCCCAGCACCAAUAUGAAACCAAAGACCCUGGGAGCGAUGAGCCAUGCUGGUAACUUUCUCCACCUUGAGGAUUCCUGGAGGGAGCCUGACACUGGAUACCCUCAGCAUUAUGAUGGUCCAGACAGCUGGCAUGGGCGUAAGAGGAUGUACCAUUACCAACAGGCGGACUUCUCUGGCUCUGAUGACUUUGACAGCAAAGAUGGAUAUAACCUGGGAUGGGACUUUACACAACCAGAACAGCCAAGCAGUACCUACCAGCAACCAGACAGCAGCUAUGGCAUCCAGCCCCAAAAGCCUUCCCAGUUCACCAACUCUGCCGUCGGACAGGUGUGUGGUCAGGGUAGCAGUUUCUGGAGCACACACAACGUGUCUGAAAGCUGCAGACCGGUCUACCUCCCUGUGCCUUCACACUAUUGUGAGCCCGUUAGCCAGGUCCAGCCUGACUCUCUGACUAACGAUUAUGAUGAUGAGAGCCGGAGGAGGAUGAUGCCUCACAACGCAACAACCACAUUGUCCUGUGACCUCCCUCCAGCCUCCUCAUCUUCCUCUUUUUUGCAAGCCCAUGAGAUUAGCAGCAAUUGUAGGGGUCUUGUGAGUGCCACCCCUGAGAGUACGGCCAUUCCUGACACCCCCAAAUGUGAGGAUGGUCAAAGGCCUCACCGGGGUAGGGGCCCACCGAAAAAGCGACGACAAGAGCUGGAGUCUGACUCUGAGAAUGAGGCUGACGCGGGGCUUCCCAUUAAGAGAGAGCGGAUUUCUGAAGAUACUACAGAGACCCCAACCCAAGCUGCUGUGGCUGCGCGGCCCUUGCUUAGUCUGCGGAAUUUCCAGGACUCUAUUGCCUGGAAGGAGCUGGCUAAGGCCAAAAAGAUGCCUCCUUACUUUGACCUGAUAGAAGAGAACUUGUAUCUGACAGAACGGAAAAAGAGCAAGUCCCAUCGAGACAUCAAACGAAUGCAGUGCGAGUGCUCAGUGUUGUCACGGGAGGAACGAUCCCGUGGAGCCACAGCUUGUGGGGAAGACUGCCUCAACCGCCUGCUGAUGAUUGAGUGCUCGUCGCGUUGCCUGAAUAGUGUUUACUGUUCCAACCGACGCUUUCAGAUGAAGCAGCAUGCAGACUUUGAGGUCAUCUUGACAGAAAGCAAGGGCUGGGGCCUGAGGGCCGCUAAGGACCUGGUAUCGAACACCUUUGUGUUGGAGUAUUGUGGGGAGGUUUUGGAUCACAAGGAGUUCAAGGCCCGUGUGAAAGAGUACGCCCGCAGCAAGAACAUCCACUACUACUUCAUGGCUCUUAAGAACAAUGAGAUCAUUGAUGCCACGCUGAAGGGGAACUGUUCUCGUUUCAUGAACCACAGCUGUGAACCCAACUGUGAGACCCAGAAGUGGACCGUAAACGGUCAGCUUCGAGUUGGCUUCUUCACCACCAAGCCUGUGACGGCUGGCACUGAACUCACAUUCGACUACCAGUUCCAGAGAUAUGGGAAAGAGGCUCAGAAGUGCCUCUGCGGAGCACCGAGCUGCCGGGGCUUCUUGGGUGGGGAGAACCGGGUCAGUGUCCGGGCUGCAGGCGGAAAGAUGAAGAAAGAGCGCACGCGGAAGAAGGACACCGUGAGCGCGCUCACUACGGUGGAUGAGGAGCUGGAGGCAUUGCUAGAGAAUGGCGAGGGUCUGUCCGAUGAGAAGCAAGUGGUCUCGCUCUGUCGGCUUAUGGUUCGAGUAGAAACCAUGGAACAGAAACUUACCUGCCUGAAGCUCAUCCAGAAUACCCAGAACCCCGCGUGCCUAAAGCAGUUCCUGGAUCACCACGGACUCUCGCUGCUGUGGAUCUUCAUGGUGGAGCUGUCGGAGGCCAAAGGCAACAACAUCAAGCUGCAGCUGGAGAUUAUGAGGAGCCUGGCGGUUCUCCCCAUCUCCACCAAGAACAUGCUGGAGGAGAGCCGGGUGCUGCAGUUCAUCCAGCGCUGGGCCCAAAACCAGGCCCUGCCCCCGGCCGCCGAGCAGGACGGGUACUCCAGCGAGAACACCUCCCGGGCCCAGACCCCGCUCAACACCCCGGACGGGCCGCCUGUGAAGCCCCAGGAGCUGGACGGAGACACGCCCAAACGCGCCGUGUACCGCCGCCUGAAGAUCAUCAGCGAGAACAGCCUGGACAGCGCCCUCUCGGACGCCAGCAAGGCCUCCGACGGCAAGGAGGACGAGGAGGAAGAGGAGGAGGAGGAGGAGGAGGAUGACUCCUCGCAGGCCGAGCCCGCUGAGAGCAGCCGGGUGGGGCAGGACGCUGCGAGGGAGGAGCCUUCGGCCGCGGUGCUGGAGACGCAGGAACCGUCAGAGCCCACAGAGGGCGCCGCUGAGACCGCCGCUGAGACCAAGCCCGAGGGUGAGGAGCCUGCGGAGAUGGAAACAGAGGGGGAGCAGGAGAGGACUGCGGGCCAGGAGGUUGAGGUACAACAGAGCCAGCCUGUGAAUGAGGUAGAUCAGGAGGUGGAGAUAGAGGGGGUGCAGAAGGAGAGCCUGGAGGAGGCGAGUGAGCCCCUGGCUGUGACCUCGGAGACCGAAAGGGAUUCGGAAGGGCAGGCGUCUCAAACAGAAGAGCCCAGCCAGGCCGCCCCUGCAGAGGAACUUCCUGUGUUGGAGGAGACCAAGGUGGAAGAGGUCCCAGCGGUAGAGGAAGCAGUGGACUGUUCUGCGGCUGUGGAGCUGGGCGUGGUGGAGACGGGGACUGCAGGGGAGGGUGUGGCUGCAGAGGAGGCAGUAUCUGCAGCACCUCCAGAGGAGGGUUUAGCUCCAGCAGAGUGUUUAGCUCCAGCAGAGGGUUUAGCUCCAGCAGAAGGUUUAGCUCCAGCAGAGGGUUUAGCUCCAGCAGAGGGUUUAGUUCCAGCAGAGGGUGGGCCUCCAGCAGAGGGUGGGCCUCCAGCAGAGGGUUUAGCUCCAGCAGAGGGUGGGCCUCCAGCAGAGGGUGGGCCUCCAGCAGAGGGUGGGCCUCCAGCAGAGGGUGGGCCUCCAGCAGAGGGUGGGCCUCCAGCGGAGGCCACGUGCGUGCAGGAUCCACCUGCACCAGGGGAGACCGCAGCGUGCGAGUCUGCCGCAGAGACCACCGAUUUGGGGACCACUGUUGCCACUGCUGAUGCCGUUGCCGUGGAGACGCCAUCGCAGGACGAGGAGGAGGGCGUGUCGGACGUGGAAAGCGAGCGGAGCCAGGAGCCGCCGCUCAGGCCUGUGGAUGUGUCCGACAUGGCUGCACGACUGCUGGACAACUGGAAGGACCUGAAGGAGGUGUACAGGAUCCCCAAGAAGAGCCAGGUGGAGAAGGAGCCCAGCGAACGCAGCCGUGACAGAGACUCUUACCUCUCCUCUCGCACGCCCUCGGGCAGUCGAGAGCGGGAGAGGGAGAGGGAGAGGGAGAGGGAGCGGGAGAGAGACAGGGACCGGGAUCGGGACCGGGACCGUGACCGUGACAGGGAUCGAGACCGCGACAAAGACCGGGACCGGGACCGGGACCGUGAGAGGGAGAGAGACCGGGACCGGGACCGUGACUCGGAGAGGACGCCCCGCAGCACGGAGCGCCGCCGUCGCAGAGCGUCCCUCUCGCCCCCGCUGUCGGCCUACGACCGGAGCAGCCGCCGCGGCGAUGACCGGUACGACCACCCCAACAGCAGCAAGAAGAAGGGCCGCACGAAGGAGCGCAACAAGCUGACGACGGAGGAGCGCAGGAAGCUGUUUGAGCAGGAGGUGGCUCAGCGGGAGGCGCAGAAGCAGCAGCAGCUGCAGACGCUGGCCUUCGACGCACUGGCCUACUCCUCCAGCCCCCACGGCUUCCUGGCCUACCCGCAGGGCUACCCCAUGCAGGCCUACGUGGACCCCACCAACCCCAACGCCGGCAAGGUCCUGCUGCCCACCCCGGCCGUGGAGCCCCUGUGCGCCGGGGCCCCCGCCCUGCCCUACGAGCAGACCCCCCCGCCCCAGCCCCUGCUCCCCGAGCUCGGCCUGGCCUCCCCCUCGCCCACCUCGCAGGCCCCGCCCGUCUCCGCCCUCCAGCACAUGGCCACGGCCCUGGAGCUCCCCCAGGGGGGCACGCCCCAGUACGCGCCGCCCGGCGUGCCGCCCCAGGACCCCUCUGUGGCCGUCCUCUCCAUGCCAGCUCAGGCGGCCAGCGCGCAGGUGCAGGGGCAGCAGAGCUACGCCCCCCUGUGGGACCCCGCGAUACAGCAGGCCCUCACGGUGCAGGCCGCCCCCGCCCAGCAGUACCCUCCUGCCCCCGCAGGCCAGCCGCAGGCCGCCAUCUACUACCAGGGCCAGCCCUGCCAGGCAGUGUACAGCAUCCCCGCCGCCUACCCGCAGGCUAACGCCCCCGUCAUACAGGCCUACACGGAGCCUGCAGCGGGGUACCUGCAGGGGCAGCAGGUUUACUCCGGCCACCAGCAGGGGGUGGUGUUGCAGCAAGCAGGCACAGUCACCACUAUUGUCACAGCUCAAGCUGUUCCGCAGGAGAUGAUGGUCCCCAACAACCUGAUGGACCUGCCCCCUCCCUCACCCCCCAAAGCAAAGACCAUUGUCUUGCCGCCCAGCUGGAAAGUAGCGCGGGACCCGGAGGGCAAGAUCUACUACUACCAUGUGAUCACCAGGCAAACACAGUGGGACCCUCCAUGCUGGGAGGGGGGCAGUGACAAUGCCAGCGUAGAUCACGAGGCUGAGAUGGACCUCGGGACGCCAACCUACGACGAAAACCCCUCCAAGUUCUCCACUAAGACUGCAGAAGCUGACACCUCCAGCGAGCUGGCCAAGAAGAGCAAGGAGGUCUUCCGUAAAGAGAUGUCUCAGUUCAUUGUGCAGUGCCUGAACCCAUACCGGAAACCGGACUGCAAGCUGGGCCGCAUUGGCAACACCGAGGACUUCAAACACCUGGCCAGAAAGCUGACUCACGGCGUGAUGAACAAAGAGCUGAAGUCCUGCAAGAACCCGGAGGACCUGGAGUGCAACGAGAACGUCAAGCACAAGACCAAGGAGUACAUCAAGAAGUACAUGCAGAAGUUUGGUGCGGUGUACAGACCCAAGGAGGACAUGGAGAUGGACUGACCCUCUACUAGCCCGCACGAACGUCCCGCGGGAGACACUCAUACACACAGACUUUGCCUUCACUCGGUCACGUGACGUCAGCUCACCUGUUCGCAGGGUCGGGCCGUUGCCAUGGCAGCAGCUGCUUGGAGUGUGAGCUCUGCAAGGGUAGGGGAGGGUGGGGGGGGAUGGGAUUGAUGUAAACAUGCUCUAAUUUUGUACUUGAUAAUAACCAUGUCCUAACUGCUGCUUUUUAAAGCUUUGUCUGUCCGCCGGUUUUAUUGGGACGUUUUGUCGAGGCAGACGAUCGCGGGCGAGCAGCUGGCCCUCGGGUGUUCUCGCAGACCGAGGAAGACUAUGAUGAAGUUCUACCCUGGGCACUGACGGGGUUUCUCUCCUCCCGAUCAUGUGCCGCUCCGAUAUCAGUUGUCCCAAGCAAUGGUUGAAGACGUCUUUGACCAUGAAGACCGUUGCUGUCCUGUCUCAGAUUAAUGAAAUCCAGUACACGUGUAGCUCAUCAAUGCUUUUUUAUUUUUUAUUUUAUUUUUUAUUUUUUUUGGGUCUUGUCUUGAACGCAGCAAGAGUUGUUCGUCAGCAAAGGCUGGUUGAAUAAAUAGAAGAAAAAAAGAAAAAAAAAACCUUGGAUCUACACAACAACAACAAAAAAAAAAAAAAAGGAACAUAAAAGUAAUGGUCCCUAUUCCUUUGCUCUGUUGAGUCCUAUGCGUUUCCCUACCCCUGCCAUUGACUUUGUGUUUCUGGUGCUAACCGUGAGCUGGGCAGGAGGUGGGGCCUUGCCUUCAAACCACGAAAGAGUGGGAAGUUUAGUCUCUCUGCGUGAAAACAUGGCCGCCGGCCAAAAUGUGCAGCAGGAUCUCUGUGAAAUUCCCUGCCUUUUCCGGGACACCUUCCAACCCCCCCUCUCCCUACCCCUGAAAUGGGGGAGGGGGGAUUCACACUGGAUGGGGAAGUCGAUGAGCUUUCAUCUUUGUUAAUGUUUUCAUCUCCACGUGUCUGCCGACAGUUUUCCUUCAUUGCUCCGAAUGUGGUGUGUGGGGAAAGAAAGAACAUUGGAACUGUCAGCAUAUUAUGAGGAGACGUCCAGUCGGUGUCAUUUUUAUGUCUUUUAUUAAAUUGAAUGAAGUGAGCAGGUUAGGUAGUCAGUGGCAUACUCAGUUGGCUUUGUGUCACCUCUUAAUUCUCAACCCCCGACAGCCCCGGCCAUUUCCUGACCCCCCUCCCUGAGGAAUUGGAUGUAGCAUUGUGGUUUUAACUGUCCAUAGCUUGCUCAUGUUACAUGAUUCUUUUGUUUUCCGUCUCAUUAUUUGGACGAACGCAGCUGUGCCAUCCUAUAGGCAUGUCAUGGCUUGCUAGUUUGUCUCUGAGGUUUUGUCAUGUCAUCUGAUUUGCAGGGUUAAUGUUACUGUCUACAAGGCUCAGGCCUUGAGCGUCACCCUCCCACUUCACACCUCUCUCCUGUCAAAACUGCAUUAAACCACACUCAAGUAAACAUGUAUUAUAUUGCUUUAUAUGUGAAUAUAUUGAGAAAUAGUUUUUGAGAAUGUUUAAAUAAGCAGACUUUGUAAAUGGACUGUUGGUUCAUGAUUUGAAGUGUAAAUAUGUGUAAUUAAACCAAACCAGGAAAAUGACUUUUGUGGAGGGGUGCAGGGUAAUGAGUUGUACUGAGCCCUUAGUCCCAGUACAGUAUACCCCUAUUCCAGUACAGUACACCCCCCAUCCUAGUACUGUAUACCCCUUAUUCCAGUGCAGUACACUCUCAUCCUAGUACAGUACAUCUCCUAUUCCAGUACAGUACAACAUCUAUCCCAGUUCAGUAUACCACCUAUCCCAGUACAUUACACCACCACCCCCCAGUGCCAGUACAGUACACCUUCUGUUCCAGUACAGUACACCACCCAUCCCAGUACAGUACAUUUAUUCCAGUACAGUACCCCCCCCCCCCCCCCCUCCCCUUUACUCCCAGUACACACUCAGUUCCAGUGCAGUACACUGUUCUAGUUCCUUGUUUGUGACCUGUCCUUGGAAUUCACUGAUGAUCAUUUUUUCUUUUUUUGACUUGAUUUUCAUAGGGUGGGGGGUUGUCUUUUCAGUUGUUUUCUUUUGGAGAGAGAUUUUCUAUGUAGAAAAAGAGCCUCGCCCUGCACUUCCCUGUAAGUACUGUGCAAGCACAUUGUCAUACUGAGUGUAAAAACAUUUUAAAAAGAAAAUAAACUUUUUUGUAAAAAUGA